AUGGUGACGACACCGACGUUUCACGUGUCGCAGGACGCCACGUGGGUGUUCGUGCACGUGCGCGUGCCCUACGUGCGCGUGUCGGAGAUGGAGUUCUACGUCGAUGGCGUGGACUUUACCUUCUAUUGCAAACCAUACGGACUCAAGCUGCAGUUUCCACACGAAGUGGUGGACAACGAAUUGACAAAAGCGGUGUACGACCCGAACAAGGACAAUGGCACUAUUGUGGUGCAUUUGGCCAAGAAAGAGUCAGGCCAGAACUUUCCGGACCUUGAUAUGCUCACGAAGCUGCUGCAGCCGCAACGACCUCUGGCAUCAGUCUCUAGUAGCAGGACUCGCACGCAACAAGGGAAAACCUCGCUGAUUGAAGUGUUGGAGUCGACCGAAAGUCUUUUAGUUGGAACACAUCAAGAAGAGACGGAUAGACUAAACGCGUUGAUUGAUGGCAAGCCAAGUCGCAACGACGAGAAUAUUGCACCAUCUUCUACCGAGCAAGUCCACACUGAUUCGUCGCUUCUCGGUCUUGAAGCUUCUGUAUCUACGCAUCGCGUCAGCCUUCCCGGUGAUGGUGCGGAAGACAGUGUCGAAUUGCUUGGCGUCCAUGUCACUGACCUCGCGCCUUCGUACGGGUUCAACAAUGCAUACAGCGAUUUUUUUCGUGUAUGGCACGGUGAAGUGAGCGAGAUUUUGUCACUUCCUGACCCAGAGCACACUCGGCCGGAACAGCGACGUAUUCUUCGUGAAGCUGCGGAGGACCAACACUUUGAUAUUGAGCGCUACCUUAUGGACUUCGCUAAUCAGGGCGAGGACAUGUACUUUAAUCUCGCCAUGACUUACGUGCCAUUCUGGAGGAAGUACCCUGUUCUUCCAACUAUUGGGCCAUCAAAGAGUAUCGCAGUAGCCGACACGGUGAAGCCUUUGAUUGCUGAGGUGAAGUCAGACGUCGGUUGCAUUGAGGAUAGUAUUUGCAGUUUGUCGCUAGAUGCAUCCACGCCUUCAGCGCAUUCGACAACAUCGGUUGUAUUCGAUGACGCAGAGCAAGAACUGUUGCGUCGGCUUCCUCGAAAAGAGUUCCUGAUUUUGGAAGGCAGUUUGGAAGAAAAAGUCGUGCUUGGUGGUUUAGUUGACAUUCUCAUCGGCUUUGCAUACGAACAGCUCACAACUCAGGGUGACAGUGGUGUGGAAUCGACCUGGACGGUGAGUAUCGUGAGUCCAACUCUGUCGUGGCUAGAUGUAUCUGCCGAUUUAUACGCUGUUGUCCGCUCAAGCGUACGUCGCAUGAUCGCUUUUCCGUUCCUGCGGCAAUACGAGUUGGCCAUGCGCUCGGUGCACGAAGCUAACGAAAUUUUGAAACGUGGCAAGCGCGUUGUGCUACGAGCGUUGCUUACGCUUUACCGAGUGGUUGAAAAGUCAGAGACGCAGUAUCUGCUCAAUUCGCUUUAUAUCCAAGACUACUGCGUGUGGAUUCAAUCCGUUGCUGAUGAGCGGCUUCAGUGCAUAAGUUCGGAAUUGGAUGCCCGUAUUGCUGGGUUUAGUAAAAACGAAACUGGUUGGGCGUUGGAAGAGCUUGAACAUAGAGUUUUGGAGGCCGGCACGAAUGACGAUGCUGAGUCGUCUGCUUCGUCUGAAUCUAGUUCUUCCGAUUCUGGAUAUUCUAGCUGA